AUGGUUGUGACGACCGUAUUCGCCCUCCGUGUAUACACUCUCUACGUCAAUAGCAAGGCAAUAAGAAAGCUUCUCGUAGUAGCGAUAGCCGCUUUACAUCUGGUACUCUUAGGCACUACCCUUGCAACGGCCAUUACCGUUUCUAGGGAGAUGAUUUCGGUGCCUCCGUUCAAUAUCUGUUUCGACCCUGGCGUUCCACUAAAGACCUUUUCCCUUUGGUACGGAUCUACGUUGGUAGCAGAAACAAUUAUUGUUGCAGUGACUCUUUACCACGCGGUCCAGUUUCAUCGCGCAUCGUUUAGUCUCAAGGGAACCGCCCCGGGGAUCGUUAUCGCAACGCUACACAGAGAUGGAUUCAGCUACUUUGCGUUCAUCUUCUCGACCAGAUUGGUCCUCUGCAUUCUGGCAAGUCUCAAGAACCAGUCAACCGAGCCGUUUGAGCUGAUAUGA